CAGGGAUUUUCAACAAUUCAAGGCAAUGACUCCUUGUGUCGCAAUUAAUUAUGGCGGGAUAUUCAUCAUGACUUCGAUACUGGUAAGGUUUUUUUCUCACAUCUGUAUCAACACCUCCAUUAAUAUAGCAUAUGACUGGUAAACAGAUUGAACUACGGUCAACUGUCGCCUUGCCAACACUUCGCUAUCGCAGACAUCCCGAUAAAACAUGUACAUUCAGACGUUUGUCGCAGUCAGAAACCGAUCUAUCUCUACUUAGGACACUUUCAAAUUUGCUGUCUCCUAUAAAUCUACAAGAGUGAUUUUGGUGAAAGAGAAACCUUCUAAAAUACCACACCUCAAAACUGUCGAAACUAGGAAUAUUAUGUAAGAUGACCUUUUUUUGCUUUGUAAGCAUAAACUCCCUGACUUUGCAGAAUGAUGCAAUUUUACCAUUACCAUAUUCGAUUACAUAACAAAACGAGAGCCUGUUUAGUGCCGUAAUAAUUAUUGCAGUUUGUUAUACUUUUACAGACCUGCCAUCUCUCGUGAUUCUGCCUUAAGCCUCACAAUUUUUUAUUUUACCUCAAGGUCUCAAAUCUCACUGUUUUUAGUGAAAAGUCAGUUCAAAAUGAAAUGUUACAUUGUAGAAUAAAAAUGGAAACUAGAUGUAUAAUGUCAGUGCCAUAAACUUAAAUGAUAAGCAAAUAAGAAUACACCUAAUUGCAAUAAGGUUGUCAUAGAAAAAAGCAAAAAGCAAAAAGUUAAAUAGGAAUUAAUUAGCAUGUAAUUAUCAUAGCUUGCAACAUUCACAACACACACGCUUACACCUGAAUAUUAAUCACAUAAUAUGAGAGAAGUCAUUUGCAUCAGUUUCUUACUGUCAUUCUCAUGCAAUUCAAGGCUGAAUCAUCUAGCGAAUUUCAAACGUGCUCGAAUCACAAAGCACAUCGGAUAACUACCAAAGAAAUAAUGGCUUCAUUUUUUUUCAAUAAAUAUAGCCUGGAGUAAAUUCCAGGAACUCAACAUGUGUUUUAGAUUAGUGCUAAAUAGAAAAGCCAGUCUGCAUAUGGUUUGCAGUGCACAAUACCAUCUGAUCACAGUUUUCAAGCAACAAAUCAGAGGCGUAGGCAAGACUUUUCAUUGUGGAGAGGGUGAGGGGGUCCUCCGCCAGUUCCUCACCUGAGCCACAAACCAAGCUUCGUUUGUCAGGACAUAAUAGAUUGGCAACUGAACGUGUGACAACUGAGACAUAACAUUGCUCGUGUCAAUUUACCUUUUUCUUUCUCGAAUUGUCCGACUUCUUUUGAUGGAGAAUGUUUGCUCUAAAAUGACUAUGGCGCCUGUCUAUCUUACAGCACGGAAUUACAGAAUGAUCUCUUGCUAUUGUGAAUGAAUUCUUAAAUAAUUGUUAAAUACUGAAUUAAAAUACACAAAUGUAAAUCACAUGGCUAAUUUAUUCCUAUUUGGCUUUUUUGCUUUUUGUUUUUUUUUCUAUGACAACAUUAUUGCAAUCAGGUGUAAACACUUUACUUACCGAACUGUGGAAUUUGCCCUUCUGUUUACCGUUUAAAGGCUUCUACGUAGUUCUAGUACAGAAAUUGACGAGUGGAAGAAGGGUUCAUUUAACCUGAUCGGGAAAAAAUAGCGUCUCACUAUUUUUGUAGAAUCUCCAGAUUUUUUCGAAAGUCUCCUGAUUUUCUUUUAUGAUUAUCAUGGGUGGGCAGGUCUGCUUUUAUGAGUCCUCUGAACUACCAAAAGCUAUAUUUUAGUAACCAUGUAGGUGUAUUCAUGCAAAUAGAAUUUGUAGGCUUAUAUGAAAAGUGUCAUUCACCGUUAAGCUUAUUUCUUUUUUUCUUUUUCUUAUUUUUUUCCUUUUAUUUAUUUAUUUAUUUUAUUUUACUUUUUCUUUUUCUUUUCCUAGCUUAGCUAAGGUGGCACCUUGAAAGUACAAUUUGAAUUUUCUAAUGACUAUUAGACUAUGUCAGUCUACACUGUACCAGAUAGCUUAUCACUGUUAACUUGAAUCUGGCCUGGCCUGAUGGCCUGUUAUGAACACCUGAUCACACCACCUGCUACAAAAACCUCUCCAAAAUCACUGUUUUUAUGUGUGAAAUAAAGCCCUAUCCCAUGUGAUUUUCAUGCCAGUGCAAGAGCUAUCUGGUUUAGUGUAGAAAUAUCCUUUAAUAGUACAAAAAAAUGUUGCUAAUUAUGCUCCAGUGUCUGUAAACUCUGCACUCCUCUGGCUGGGACAUAGUAAGGCAUGUCACUACCCUUGUAGGAAUUCAGUAUACUUUAAGUAUACUUUUAAACCCUUAAAAAAGUAUACAUCAUUGGUACUUGAAGUACAGUACUUUUGGUCAAUUAAAAAGUAUACUUGAAGUAUACUUCACAAGAAGCAUACUGUAGGUGUACUUCCAAGAAGUAUACUUAAAGUAUACUUGAAAUAUACUUCAAAUAUACUUCAUGCUUAUUAACAAUAUUCCUUGGUUAGUUUAUCAAGAUAGUGAAGUGCUCAGCUUCAAUGGGGAACAACAUGAAUUUUUUUUUUCAACUGACAGGGUUUAGUGCUCAAACCUCUCUGCAGUGGCCAAUUUACGCCAGUUCAUAAAAGCACAUGUUUUGCUAAAUACACAUAUAAAUAACUUAGACACCAAAAGUAUAUGUCAGAUCUCUUUAUUACUCUUUGGCUACAAAGUAAAUUGCUCCAUUACUUUAUUAAAGAAAUAUGUCUAACUUUUAUGCACAAAAACUGGAAGGAAAUGCCUCAAAAGAAAAAAGACUUGGGUAUAUUUGUUAGUAAAACUUGAGGCUUAACUCUUGUGCUAUUUGCGAAUGACUGUUAAAGGAGAAUCAAUAUACAACAACUAGAACCAAUAUAUUUUCCACCACGUACCUGUAACUGUACUCUUUUUUUUUUGUUUUCUUUUCUUGUCCCACUGAUAUUGUACUCGAAUUGUGAAGAUAAAGGCAAUGUUUCAAACAUAUUUAAAUGUCUUGAAUAUGCUUACGGCGAAAGUGAACGCAUGGAAGAACCAACAUUUACUUUAAGUCUGUAUGGCCUGCCAAAACCAUAUUAGUUAGAAAUAAUGUAAAUGAUUCAUACAUGACCGUAUUAGAAAAUCCACAAGAUCCCAUAUUUGUUUCAAUAGUACUGCAAGUCAGCAGUAAUUCAACACCCUCAUGUACACGGCAUUUCCCUAAACGUAAAGAUGGCUGACGGUUUUGCUUCCAGUUCUUGUUCUACAGUUGACUCCCGAUAACUUGAACCCUCGCUAACUUGAACCGGAGUCGAUUUCCUCUGGAUUUUCUUCAUACAUUUACUGUAAUUUUACUUUCGGUAACUGGAAACCUUGAUAACUCGAACCUGCCUCUAACUCGUGUUUCCCUUCAGAUCGUUUCUAUAUAAUUUUACCCUUGAUAACUCGAACCAUGUUAUAAGCGCGUGACAAGUCAGGAAAAAAACCAUGUACUGAAGUCCGAGACAUUGAAUUUAUUUUAAAGCAACCAAGUAAAUUCUUUGUCUUUACUUUUUUGUCACUCCAGUUCAAAUUCAGUGUCCAUUCCUGCAUACUUUGUUGUAUAAUUGCAUUCCCUCCCCACCCAUUUGCCUAUUUUUCCUAUUUCCGGUUAUUUGAUUCAAACUCGACCCGUUUGAACAUUUUUCGAUUUCCCGAGAAGGUUCAAGUUAUCAGGAGUCAACUGUAUUUCUUUAGAUCCUCGUGAAAAGGAGGUUAUACUUUGCAGGCCUCCAUUACAUCCAGUAUCUUUUACAGUCAAAUGCAAAAAUUUCACGAGCAAUCGUAAAGAAGUAGCCAGAAAGAAACUGUGCGAAUUUGCCUAUUCCGCGGAUGCAAUUCAGGAGAUGACCUUCUCAUGAUCACUAAGUCGAUCAAAGACUGAUGUGUGCUUUGUGCAUCUAAAAACCUGCUAUGUACUUUACCACUAUAAAGUAAUGCUUGUAUGUUCUCAAUUAAAUGUAUGCAAUGGCGAAAAUGCCAAAAAAUGGACAGAGGACUGGUGAUUCAAAUUGGACGCGGAAAGUGGCCCCUUGGAGAGUGGCGAUUUUGGAGAAAUUGUUGAUUUUGGCAAAAAUGACGAAUUUGGAUGGCAGAAAUGGCAAUUGCGUGCAUUUCUGGACAUAUCUCAUAUACGUUAAUGCAGAAACUCAUAAGGGGUUGAAACGUGUAACUCUCAUAUGUUUGCUUUGUCUGAUGCCUGUGAUUAUUCAUUUUCGAAAGUGCCAUAUUUGGAACGAGAAGGAGAGAUAACUGACCAAUCAAACUUUGUAAACAACGUGACGUAAUUUUCCUUCAGGUUCCCGCGCCCACUUAAAAAAAUGGCCGACAAACAGGGGAAAAACUCCCGAAAGCCGAGAAAGUUUUCAAAGGUUGAAACCAGGAAUAUUACCGAAACACUGAGCAGGAUAUUAUUGCCUUAUCACCCGGGCCAAACGCAACAUUACGAAACCCAUUGACGGCCUCGCAACUUCUUGAAGUUGUAACUUCAAAACACGAUGCCUCGUUGACCAUCUGCACAGUAAACUUAUACUGCAAAUAGGCUUUUAAAAUUCUUAUGUUAAAGGUCUAGAAUAAACAGUGAAAAAUAUUUUUGAAUAAAAUUCAUUAGCUGCAUAUUGAAAAGUGUCCAAAACCUGAAGCUGACAUCUUCGCAAAAAGUGAUGCUUGUAAUGAAUGUGAGAAGCAUUUUAAAAGCUUAAAUUAAACUUGGAUGCUGUAGUCACGAUCGUGUUUUGAGCUAAUUUUAUGAAUGAACAAACUCAAAACAACAGACAGAGAAGCUGUUUCUUGAAAAUUUUUAUUCAAAGUCCAAAAAGUUAAUCCUUUAAAGCAAUUCGGAAAACACUAUCUGGAUUGUGGAUCCAUUCACGCAAGUGAAAUCGGCUAAGCACAUGGCAAAAUUCAACACAAAAUCCAUCUCAUAUCAGGGCACAUUUUGUAAUUUUUCUUUAGUGCCGAGGAGAAAAAUUUAUAAAACGUCUAUGAAACAUUUAAAAAUACAUAAAUUCCCUUUCAAAAACGUAAUUGUCUUGGCCAUAGAGUGCAAAAUGUACCUGAAAAUUCAGCAAAAACUUCGCUGACUUAAUUGCAUUUCAAAACAGACCAUGGGCUCUGCCGUGAAGAAAACAAGGUUGAAUUCCUCGAAGGACGAUUUCUUGAUGAAAAGCUUCCCUUUCUCCACAAAAAGAAAGCUGAGCAUUCUUUUGAACUUUCUCUUUCCAUUUUUUCUUUUAACAGUGUAUUUUUAGUCUCGCUUGCUUGAGCAAAGCGAAACUCUUAAAGACUGUGGAAACUGGGGAUAAGAAUCGUGACGACUUUCAUUGUAUGGAAAUGAGUCUCGUGAUGAGAAUGCAGUUUAUUUCAGCGAUGACUGAAAUGACGCAUGUAAGUUUGGCGAUGACGUAAUUUUCCUCGAAUGGAGGCCCUUGAUUUUCGUGUAAUUAUACACGACAUGCAGGCGCAUCCCCAAGCAGGAUGAGAAAAUAUUAUAUCGGGGAAAUCCUCAGGAUUUUGUGGCUUUUUAAGGCGUUACGUUUCUCAGAAUAUUGUUGCAGUUACAGGAAAUGUACAGUUAAAUAGAUUCACUUUGUUUUAUGUAUUUAAUUGAUAGAUUUUCGCAGUUGUUACGAUGUGAAGUCGUGUUGCACUUUAUAAAUACUUGAGAUAUGAGGUAUCCACUGUCAUGUAAUUUUUACGUGUGCACGUGCGUAAAAUUUGCAUUCGCAAAUAAAAAGCAGUGUAUGAAAGGCUGCACGUACAAUUAUGUAAGCAUAAAAGUAGAAACUUGCUUAACUUGACGUUUAAUCUCAAUACUUUAUGUCUUACCUCUAUUUUAUUUACGUGAUUAAAAUUUACUAAGUUAACGUGCGGAGCCAAAAACGCAUCAGUGGAAAUCCACCCUAACGUGUCACGGAUAUGUUUAUACGGGUAGCUUUGAACUUGACCAACCGCACAGUCUACUUGCAGCACCUCAUGUCCAUAGUUAAUAGAAAUCCCAUAUCGAGCUUUUCUGGAACGGGUUGGUCCAAGAAUUCUAUGGCUUGAAAGCGUUGAUUAUUUUGGAACAACUGAUCACUUCAGUGGACGAAAAAAAGAGAAUAAUCUUAAUGAGCAAAACUUCAAGGUUUACUGGAAAAUCAGGAUCGAGGAUCGAGAAAUCAGGGAUCAAGGAUCGGAUAAAAAGAACUUGAAAAUAAAAUAAAUAAAUAAAUCGUGGAUCAGUGAUGAUGUGGGCCGCAGACUGUAGACAAAUUUCACAGAACAUAACCCCGUUCGCUGUACUGAAUGCUAAAUUCAAGUAAACUAAUCCGAGUCUGUCUGAGUCAGUGAUUGUUUUGACGAGAAAGUGAAAUUUUCCGGGAAAAUGAAACGCUUUUUUCUGGUGAUACUGUAAUACAAGAAAAAACUUUUAACAGUUUUUAAUUUUUAAGUGUACAUUUGUUUUCAGUACUCCUUAUUUUUCUUGUAAUUGUUGUAUGCACGAUCCCACCAGCAAUGCUGAUCUUUUUAUCAUGCCAUAAACUAAGGUUCUUACCUACCCCCCUACCUACCUACCUACCUACCUAUCUAUCUACCUAUCUCUCUCUCUCUCUCUCUCUCUCUCUCUCUCUCUCUAUAUCUAUCUAAAAUGCAUGCUGUGUACAUUGUACAAUGCUGUGUACAUUGUACUAAACAUUGUACUCUGAGACUGUACGGAGAUAUUAAAAGUAGAUACUAAGCAGCUAUGGAAAAUAUCAUUACUUUCAUGCGAUAUGGAUAUCUUAUAAAACGGACAACAAAUUCAGCAGGAAUACGCGCGAACUGAAUUAACUGUGUGUUCUAUAAGGUUCUGUUCAACUUACACUUUUUUCCUGUGCUGAACAUAUACUGUACCGAGCCGUAUCUUGGUCCGGUACAAAGAAGCUAUGUAUAUUUAUACUGACAGAGUCAAGGUUCUGUUCAACUUACACUUUUUUCCUGUGCUGAACAUAUACUGUACCGAGCCGUAUCUUGGUCCGGUACAAAGAAGCUAUGUAUAUUUAUACUGACAGUCAUGGGCCCCUGAUACCAAUAAAAAUUAUUGUUCAAUUUUUCGAGCGUAGAAUCCCUGAAAGAGUACUCCUCAAUGGAGCAAUAUCAAUAUGUAGAAGGUUUUCAAAGGUUUCACACUGGUUUGAGGCUAAGAUGUGCAGCCUGUCUCUCCUUGCAAUUUUUACUUUUUGAGUAUAUACAUUAUGACAUACAACACUCGUUUUGUAGUAUAAAGUAGUAUAAAGGCACCGGGGCCUUUGACAUUAAAACUCAUCUCCAAGCAAGCGAGACUCAAUGCUACUAAGAGCGUUCUUGUUAACCUUGAAAUGCAGAACUCUUGUCUUAAACAUCUGCAUGGUGAUCGCGCAGCAGCCAUUUUGUUGAAAAUGGAUAUCCGUCAGUAAGGUUUCCAAAUAAUGGUAAAAGUGAAUAUUCACAAGCAUUGAAUGCGAGUUACACGUUUCAACCCCUUAUGGGUUUCUGGUUAAUGCUAAUUAAAUUAAUGUUUUCAGUCAUUAUAAUUAUACUCAUGAGCUUGUUGUUUUUUGUCAAUCAAUCAUAGCUGUUAGUGGCCAAAUGCGAAGACCAACUUUGCUCAAAUUGUACAGAAGAGCAGAUCACCAGAAGAGUUCCUGGCAAGUGUGAUGCGUGUUGGCCAUGCAGUGAAUGUUACAUGGGGUAUGGUUUAUCUGUAGCAUGUGGGACCACUGUGUCACGUGACGAAGAUAUUGUUUGUGUUGCCUGUACAAGAGGAGUUAAUUUUUCAGACAGUUCUGGCAGUGAGCAGUGUCAACCAUGUGCAACUUGUGCAGGCAAACAUGAACAUGUCCUUGAAAACUGCAGUCCUGAACGCAAUGUCAAGUGUGAAUGUGAAGAUGGGUAUUAUCGCAACAGGACCACCAAGGAAUGCCUACCCUGUGUUUUAUGCUGUACAGAUGAUUGGAAAAUUGCCAAGAGAUGCAGAGGUGAUGAAGGUGAAAUUGCAAAGAAAUGCAAAUUUCAAAUACCUUGGACCAAGGCGUGUUUUUCCUUAUCGGUGUCAUCCACUAUCAGUGAUGUAUCCAAGCCAAUUGAACACCAUUCAUCUGUGGUUGUUGUAACAUCUUCAUCCCUUAUGAAACAGUCUUCCUUACACCCAACUGCCACACCUUUACUGGAGAGGAUGACUGUGUCAAAAACAGUGCAGAUUAAGGCUACAUCCUUAAGCACUCCAGAACAUUCUAGACAAAUUUCCCAUCAUAGUGUCAUAGUGACUAUUUUAGUUUCCUUAUUCAUAUUUAUUGUUUUGGGGAUGUUUGUCCUGAUUGUGGGCUGUGUAGUUAAGUAUUUUUUCAAAAAGUACAAGUCAAAGAAAUCAGUCGGAGCCAGCCAAAAUGAUAUGGAAGAAGGCACAGAAAAUGAUGACGGAGAAUCUAGCGUGACUGGUAGUGUCAUUAUACCACUGCUGCAGGGCACUGAAGACCCAUAUGAAAUACCAUCAGUACCCUUGGAAAAUGAUAAAACAGGUGAAACUACAGAUUUUUCCAAAAAUCGGCCAUCUAGUGCCGAUCAAGAAGGGCAAGGAGUCAAUGUACAGAUAGAGAGAGGAAUUCCAACAUCCCUUGACAAUGAACCAAGAAGUAAAGGUAAGGCAUAGCCAGUUUUUUAUUUAUCAUGUUUAGGAGGCAAAGGGUUGAAAAGAUCAGUCUAAAUCUGGAUGUAAGUUUGGGAAAUUUGCAGCAAACAUGAAAAUAAAGCAGGAUAUUACCAUCUUCCUGUCAUCCAAUUAAGGUGGCUUGACUGGAUUUUUUUGAGGGGAUACCUCCCAAGUUUGAGCAUUAACUACGUCGCCACAAGUAAAGAUAUGGGAAAAAGAUGACCACAACUGUAUUAUAUAAAGAUGAAAAUUUCUUAAGAUCUGGGUUUUAUUGCAAUCGGAGUCGCCAUGGCAACGUAACAACGCCAUUACGUUUGUUAUUUAUCUUUGUGUUUCUCUGUACCGGGAGUUUUUUUUAAAGAAAUCGCUUAACGGAGUUUGUACAUGCCAUAAUUGCCUCAAUUAUGGAAAAGUUUGAACAAAUUCUAUGAGAGCGUUUUCGAGAUAUUUUGAAACAAAGUUUUAAGCAUCAUAAAAACAGUGAAAUAGCAAGCUAUCCACACAAUUAGCUUAAUUUUUAAGAAAAUGAUAAGCUUUGGAAACGUGGCUUCAUCUCAUAGUUGUUUGAUUCCAUUGAAAACUGUGUACAAGAAAAGAGGGAAAUUGCUCUGGGCGAUCGUGAGUAAGAAGAAUUUUAGUAAUUUGCAUUCAGCUGCUUUUGUUACAGUUUUUGCACAUAAUUUGGUCCAUGCCUACAAUUUUCGCAUUUUUUUAAAAAACCGCUUGAUAAAUUUUUUAAUAAAUUUGACAAUCCUGAGAUCAAUUGCCAAUAAAUAUACCCUGCAAGUUUCAAGAACAUUGAAAACAGAGAAGGCUUUUAAAUAGGGCCUCAAAUAUAACCAAUUUCCCCCCCAGGUUUUGUGUUUACAAGUAAGCGUCCUCAUUAUUCACUGGCAUUGUAAUAAAACCCAAAUCAUAAGAAAUUUUCACCUUCAUAUAAUACAGUUGUGGUAAUCUUUUUCCCAUAUCUUUACUCAUGGCGUAGUAGUUAAUGCUCAAACUUAGGAGGUAUCCCCCCCAAAAAAAUCCAGUCUAGCCACCUUAAUACUCCAACGAUUUGUUAAUGAAUAAAAUUUUGUUGGAUAGGUCAAAGACCAAGAAAACAAAUACCUUCUGAAGAAGAAGAUAAAAAGGAACCUUGUUUAGAUGGUAAGUCACUAGUCCGCACAAAAAUUUGGCAGUAGGUAUAAACAUUAAUAAUUAAAGUGCAUUGAAGCCAUUUGGUAGAAUGCCACAGUUUCAUAUUUUAAGAAAGUGCUGCUGGAAAUUCAAUAAUUUGCCAAUUGCUGUGUACAAAAUACUUUUUUAAAUACCUCAGCUUUACUUUAAACUCAACAACCUGAUACCAACAGUUAUUACCUGAAUUAGAGGUCAAGAUCAAGUUUUUUUCCAUCAAUUUAUUAAAAUAAAUUAUACAAUUUAUUAUUAUACAAUUUAACAGCUAGUAUAGACAAAGAAAACAGGGCUAAUAAGAUGUUUUUUAUGGCUUCCUGUUUGGGGGAACCAGAAACAAGUGCUGGACACACGAAAACAAAAGCACAUGCAUUACAAAGGUUAAUUUCCAUUGAAAGUGAGAUCAAAAUGCAAAUGUGCCCAUGUUGAGAAAAAGAGCACUUUAAGUUUUAGUUAACCAGUGUAACACUAGCCUGGACUGUUUUGAAAACUGGAUACUGUGUCAGGCUCGAUUUCACUUCCAUCUUUCUUUGGUUGGGCUUUGAGGAAAACAUUGCAAACAGCAAAGAAGCUUGUCAAGAUGAUUGAGUGCAGAAAGGUUUGUUAGUAUCAUUGUCGAAGAAAUUGCUCAUAUUUCUUGUGAAAAACAUCUUCAAUCUCUGCCAGUCCAAUUCUAAUGUCUUCUUAUCUGUGACCUCCAAAAAGUUUUCAAUCACUGACCAGAGUCCUCUUCUUUGGUAAGAUUACGAUUCAGUUUCUUCAUCAGCUUUGUUCUCAAAACAAAUAUACAUGCAUAGGAUAAAAUCUGGAAGGACAAAGUCAACAUCCAGGUCCUCAGGUUUUACAGACAUACAUGUGUAUGCUAAUUUUUUAAAUCAUUUUUUCGAGAUAAAAACAUUUAGAGCAACUAAAUGAGCAUUUGCUUUUGAAAUUUUGGUCUGCAUUGUAAGUUGUGGACUGCAAAUUGACCAAUUGCAGGGUGGAAACAGACUUAGCCAUAUAAUAAAUAUGAUGUUACAGAAUCAAAGCAUAUUAACUAGUUCUUGAUUUCAAUGUUUAGCUCCAGCAUUAUAAGUUUUUAAUUUUUUUUAAAAUUACAGACCUUAUGUGGAUAUUAGGCCUAAGCUCUCAAAAAGAACGAAUUAAACAUUUUUUAUUGCUUUAUUCUCCCUUCCAUGUGCAGCACCUGAUGACAUUUUCUUUGUAAAUUUUAAGUGAAUCAGCUUAAAGACAAAAAAUAUUGUCAGUAUUCCACAAAAUUUUAAACAAUGAUUUGAUUUUUUCACUUAUUACAGUUCCCUAUUUUUUGUUUGAUUUACUGUCUUUUAUUAUUAAUUUGUAAAGGUCAGCAACACCAUUCUUACACUGAUCAUUAUGAUGAAGAACCCCAUACAACUGUGACUGUUGACAAAAUGCUGGUUUCCUUUCAUCGUGAUUCCCCUCAACCUACUGGACUUCCAGCUAUCAGAGGUCAAGGUUCCUCUUCAAGGAAUGAUGCUGUUCCUAAUUCCGUAGUUGCUUUCAGUCCAAGUGAUGCGGAACAAAUGUCUGGGUCACAUUUAUCAGCCCAAUUGGACUUGGGUAAGUAUAAGUAUAUGUGUAUAAGUAUAUGUGUAUAUAUGUAUAAGUAUAUGGGGCAAGAACACUCAUUAAUCCAAGCUUGAGGAUGGGUUUAGUAGUGAAUUAAUACAUUUUUCUAGGAUUCCAUACAGAUCAUUAUGAUAGAUUCAUGGUUUCCGACGUGCUUUCUUUUUUUAAGAAGAUCAGUUUAGGAUGUUUGCAUUUAUGUCUAGUUGUUUAAGUACAGAAAUCCUAAUUAAUAUAUAAAUGUUGCUUUUUCCCGCUCUCGCUAAUAAACUCACCCUUUAAUUAAUAGGACUUUUGCACCCCUUUUACUAUGGCAUCAGACCAUAGUGUGAUAUUUAGCAUUAAUGUAUAGUACUGUUUAAUGUUAGUAUCAAUAUAUUUUAAUAAUCUUUUUUCACAUACAUUCAAUAUUUUUGGCAUUAUUGUCUACAACCCAGACCCAGAAUAAGAAAUUGUAAACCUUUUACCUUAUUUUGUAAACACAACAUAAUUCACCUUCAGGUGUUAGUUUGUGAUUUGUAAUAAACCUGUACUAAUAAUUACUAUUAUAAACCUUUACUUUUAAUUAUUAAUUACAAACAAAAUUUGUGUGGCACAUCAGGUAUGUAUAUGGUGGAAAGCUUUACAGUUACAAUACAGUUUAUAACAUGCUCUAUUCCAUGUAAAGUCAAAAUCACCUGUUAUAAGAAAUUGAUUAUUAUCAACAUGUAGAGCAAAAUGAAAUGUUACUUACACAUCCUUCAUGUUUUGUGUUUGUUACCUUUCUAGGAAUCAGUGAUGUAAAUCAGGCAGCUGGCUGCCCUUUGGUCAAACCACCAAUCCAGUCAAGUGGAUGUAACAGAGGUUACUCAACUCACAUAAAUGAUGUACCAGAUUCUUUGAUUAAUGCCAUUUGUAUACUGCUUGAUGAGGAAAGAGACAUAGAUGGAAAAGAUUACACAAUGCUGGCAAGUAUGUUGAAUCAGACACCUGUAACAAUCCGGCAUCUUAAACAACAACAGAGGCAAAGUGGAAAAAGCCCCUCUUACAGACUUCUUUUGCAAAUUUUUGCUUCCAUGAAAAAUUCUGGAACCCUCAAAUGUCUUUGUUCCAUCCUUGAGAAAAUGGAACGGCAUGAUGUGAUAAGCAUCAUUGAUCUCUGGGUUGCAAAUAAUCCUUGA